AUGAAGACAUACGAAUGCUUCGAUGGGGCUAUAUCGUUUGAAUCGCCGGUGGAUUUGGUGAAUGGGAGUUUAUUCAGGCAGGUUCCAGAUACGCAAGAAUUAUAUUUGGAGAGAAACGGCGAAGGUAGUGUGAUAGUGGAGGUGCUCGAGCUGGUUCACGAGGCCAAGACGCUGGAAGAGGCUGGAGAAUACCACUUUAAAUCUCUAGCCCACGAUAACGAGACGGAGGAAUACGAAAUACAGAAUAUUACCGUCAUUAGCGAUUCCAGCUGCGUCGUCAAAGGCCUUCAAACGAUAGAGAAGGCGGGAGUGAUUGAGAAUAUCCCUAUAAACCUCAAUGUCCUCAGAAUCGCAGGGAAAUACGAUCUGGUCACGCAAUUUAACAAAUUGGCGCACACGCCAAUCCACGUCAACGACUACUCGCUCUUCUACUUGCUGGAGGAUAUUCUAUUGGACAGCAGCUUGUUGAAGCAGGCUGGCAGCAGUGGCAGUGGUGCUGACACCGUGGCAGGUUCAGAGCCGGCACCAGCGACAGCAACAGCACCGCCAGCAGCCCCACACACUCCACCACCAGCCAUCGCAGACUUCACCAACCUCCUCAACACCCACCUCUCCCCUUUCACCGUUCUCUCUGCUGAAAUUGGCGGCGAAAUCCACAGCCAAUCACAGAAUCUCGAGUCUCUCCUGCAGAAGACUCUGUCCAUCGUCCUCACACCUGCCAGCCGCUCGAAGCCUCCGACAAACUUGUCCACCUUCCAGAACUCGCUCUCGCCAAUCAUCACUCACGUCAACAAGAUUGUCCAAUUGAGUGACUCAGCACCCAAAGCUCUCCAGUUGCCCCUCAAGGCUGUCGCUGAAGGUGUCCCUGCCUUUGGCUGGUUUACUAUCGCCCCCAAGCCAGCGCCAUACAUCCAAGACUUCAAAGACGCGGCUCAAUUCUACGCGAAUCGCGUCAUCAAGGAGUUUAAAGGUGGUGACGAGAGGAUGGUGCAGUGGGUGAAGCUUUUUAUGGGGCUGUUGGAGGAACUCAGGGUGUAUGUCCAUAAGCACCACACCACUGGCCUCAGUUGGAACGAGAAGGAUGGUGUGGCGUACGAGGAGUAUGUCAGUGGUGAGGGGGGUGAUAAAAGCUCUGAUGCUACUCCUACUAACAAUUCCACUCCUCCACCUGCUCCUGCUCCACCUGCUCCUGCCCCGCCUGCUCCUCCUGCUCCCACCUCAACCUCCACACACCCUCAGUCUCCCCAACAAGGCCCCGAAGCAGUCUUUGCGCAGCUCAACAAAGGCUCCGACAUCACAAAAGGGUUGCGCAAGGUGGAUACUGAGCAGAUGACGCACAAGAAUCCGUCGCUAAGAGAUGCUGGCAGCACAGAAAGCACCCCCAAAAAGCAGCAACCGCCUAUCGCUGCCAAGCCAAAGUCGCUCACACGUACCACCUCGAGCCACCCUCCUAAGACACAACUCGAUGGCCAGAAAUGGUUUAUUGAAAACCACACUAACACACCUCAUAUACUCAUCGACGACACCAAGCUGUCGCACACGGUGAAUAUCUUCAACUGCAAAAAUACAGUGGUGGAAGUGAAAGGUAAGGUGAAUGCGUUGAAUAUGGUGGGAUGCCACAGAACAUCCGUUUUGCUUGACAACCUCGUCUCCUCACUGAGUAUCACCACUUCACCCAAUUUCACAGUACAAAUACUGGGCGUGGCGCCUACUGUUACUGUUGAUGCUACUGAUGUCGGUCAGAUAUAUCUUAGUAAGGGGUGUAUUGAGGCGGACACUGAGAUUAUUACCGCUAAAACCUCGUCUGUUAAUGUUAGCUUGCCUGAUAAUCAAGAGGACGGCGAAUUCGUCGAGAAACCGAUACCUGAGCAGCUCAAGACUGUUGUCCGUGAUGGAAGGCUAGUCAGUAGCGUGGUGGAGCAUAGUGGGUAA